AUGAAUAUGAACAGUAAUAGCUUCGUUACACCUCCUGAACAUAUAGUACAUGAGCAUGGAUCAUCGAAUCAGGUCAAUAUCAAUAAUAAUAUCUUACCUUCGAGAUCCAAUCCUACUAGGACGAUACCGGUCGAUUUUACCUCGGAACAACAAGGUUGUCAACCAACAAAAAGGCGAAAGAGCAAUACUAUCAAGUCUGAAAUAACAAAAAAAGAUUAUCAGACUCUUUGUGCUGAACUUCUUAAGUAUUUGCAAACUGACAUUGCAUAUUCUUCUCCACAAUGCCAAGAGAGUUUUUAUCAGUGCUUACAGAACAUAAAAAGCAAUUUCGGGUCUACACCUAUGGAAAUAGGAUUAUCCGUAUUCCAGGCUGCUUUAAAUAAUAUCCAUCGUUUCUCAAAUACACAGCAUCAAAAUGUUGAAAAGGCAAAUGGAAAUUGGGUUUCCAGAAUAAUAGAUCGAGCUUGGGGCCAUGUUAUGCUCCCUUAUGAAUCUCUGAUAGCUAAUCAACAUCAGGAACAGCAGGAAUUUAUAAAUUCCUUUUAUAUUCCCCACGAAAAAUUCGAAAGGAUAUGGAAACUAGAAACGGCUUCUCCGGCAACCCUUAUACAUCCAAACAAAUUACCGCUUACAUACCGAUUAAUAUCGCGUAAGCCAAAUAAUAUAGAUGACGAUAACAAGUGUGAUUGGCCCCCGGAGGAAGCUAUGUUUAAAGUACAAAUCAACGAUUCGGAAGUUAAAUUGCACAGAAAACAACGAAUUCCUAUUAAAAAUAACCAAUAUUCAUUUGUUGGAGUUGACAAAGCUGUCGAUAUUGCCCAAUAUUUAGAAGCAGGAGUGAACAGGAUUAAAAUUACACAGUGUAUGUGUGAAACUUGUCGCCAACAAUUAUGUGAACAUAUAUUGUCAAUAGAAAUUUUAUUAAAGGAAACGGAAGAAAUAGUGCUUCGCAAUGCACGAAGCCAAACACUUACUGUAGAGCACGGAAUGGAAAUUGUUAAACGACUAAUUUCUGGUCCAAGCGCUUCUAUUAUUAAUGCACAGUCACCGACCAGUUCAAUUUCAUCUCCGAGUCAUACUAUGAUAACUGACGAGGAUGAUUGUGAUGUCACAGUCAACAAAAUGAAAGUUAGCUUGCGAUGUCCAAUAAGUUUACUGAGAAUAGCUGAACCCGCGAAAGGACAACAUUGUCUCCACAUUGGUUGUUUUGACUUGGAAACCUAUGUCAGUGUAAACAAGAAAAAUUCCAAAUGGAGAUGUCCCGAGUGCAAUGACCGGGUAACGUCGGAAACCUUGCGAAUCGAUGAAUAUUUCAAAAGAUUACUAGAACAAAUACCAGAAAAUGUUAAUACUGUCGAGCUCGAUUCUAGUGGCAGGUGGACAGUCGUGGGACAAGAUGAUUGCGAUGGUGAAUCAACCGACGAUGAUGAUAUGCAAGUUGAUUCGGCUUCUAAGAAAUCAUCAAUUUCUUCGCAAAAGGCUCCCAACACAAUAAUAAUAUUAGACGAUGAUGAUGACGAUGAACUAGAGCCUCAACCGAUUAAUAAUCAACAACAAGUUCUUUCAAUGCAGAACAAUAAUAUGCCAACGUAUGAUCAAAGUUCAACAAUUAUACGACAAACGUCCACGCCAUAUACACAACCCGUAAGGAACGAUCAAUCACAAUUAACGAAUUCCAUAAUCAUACAAUCUCCACCUCAUUCUGCAAGUUUAACAACACCUAGUAUACCGAAGAAUUAUUUACCACAAUUACCAUUAUCGCAAUUAUCAGCUGAUCAUACUACGUAUGUGGAGGCAAUACCACCAUUUUAUAAUAAUAGCAAUAAAAGUAAGAGAAAGUCGAAUUCUAAAAAACGAAGGUCUCGGCGCAAGGAUAUGGAGGUGAAUACACAAGAUAGAGUUGCGGGAAUACAAACGUUACUGUUAUCACCACAAGACUCUGUUACUAAAACAGCUACACAAGUUGCAAGUCCAAUAUCUCCUCCUAUCAGUGUAACCGUUCCUAAUCAUUCUCAGAGUGAAGAAUGGGAAACUGAAGAUGAACAAGAGGAGGUAGUUUUGGUUUCGUCAACAACUGUUUAA